AAAACCGGUUCUGUUUGUUUACAUCAUGAACUGGAUUUUACAUUUCUUCUCUUUCUCGCGGCGUCAUUUUCUCUAACGUGUUUCAUUGUGCUGAAAUCCUAAGGGUGUUGUAUUUAAAACUCUAACUGGGGUCGAAGAAUUCCUGAAAAUAUCCGACUAUGGCCAGUAACAGCUCUUCUCGAUCCUGCAUUAAAAGAAAAGUUUUGGAUGAGAAUACUAGGAAAAGAAGGAUUCGGGAACAGUUAUUACGCCUGGAAAUGGAUAAUCACCAUGAAAACAAAGACAGUAUAUCAGAUGAUGAUAUCACUGAUCGAUCUUUUGGAAAAGUUGAGAGAAAGAAGCAGAAAAGUAAAAAGCAAUUAGGUGGUGGAAAGUACAGGAAAAACUUCACAGCAUUAUUGGAAGAGGAAUUGGCAAAUUGUCCUCCGGGAAAAUUUAACUAUAUAAAAGCAGUCGUGCCUCCUUCAAAGUACCCACCAAGACAUUUCUGUUCAGUUUGUGGUUUUUCUUCAAAUUAUACCUGUGUUCAGUGUGGUGCUCGGUUCUGUUCUAUCAAAUGCAAUGGUACUCAUAAAGACACUCGUUGUUUGAAAUAUUCUGUGUGAUCUGUAUGUACCUCAUCCUUGUGCAGUUAUUACUAGAUUUUGUGUAGAUUGGAACUCAAGAUUUUAUUGAUUUUUAAUGUUACAGCUAAGCCUUAAAAUUUACCUCUUUGGGUAGAUAUCUAUUUUUGGCAAGUUAAUAUAAACCAUGUUUUCUAUUUAAGAAUGCAAAAGGUUUUUGAGAUUGAAAUUGCAUAUAAAGCUUUCUUAAUGGUACAAUAUAAACAUUUUUUUUAAAUCCCCUUUUUUAAAGGAUUAAAUACUCUUUAACCUUUCUAUAAGUAUGUUACUGGCUAUGGCCUGAUUAACGACAAACCUGGAAGCAGGAAUGACAUGACUUCACGUUUUCUGACGAAUGCCAGCUCAGGUUACAGCAUCAUGAUAGUUGCUUCCAUGUUUGGCCGCAUCCCCAGCUGUCAAGCUAAAAAACCAUGCUGCUGGAAAUCCUGUAUAAAUGUUCUGCAGACUCUUGUUGUCUUGCAAAUAACCCCAUUUCUUAACUUGAAGCUUACAACAUGGCUGUAUGAUCCAUUAAGGUCCCAUAGGCAAUCAUUUGCACAUUACAACAUCUGCUUGUCCUGUAAAUUUCAUGUGCAUAGCUUGUCCCUUUGAUGUAGCCACUUUUAUGGCCAGUAGUGUAUUAGUAGGUUGGCUUUGUACGGUUUUGAUGCCAAAUUUUUAUCUUAUGGGCUGUCCACAAAUGAUGUGAAUUAUUUUCAAUCCUUUUGACCUCUUCCCCCCUUUGUGACAAAGUGUCACGUUUUACCUAUCUCCCAUGUUACGCUAUAUUUUUUAUAAACAUUCCUUGAAAAAAUAGAUUAUAUGGCACUUCUUAUUACUUCCUCCCCUGUCAAAGUGUGACAUCAUUUGUGAACAGCCCCUAUAUGUGCCUUUUCACUAAAUUCAUUCAUAUGAGAAGUUGUUGUUUAAGAUUACUAUACAAAUAAGCAUUAGAGCUUUGAAACAUUUUAGGGAACUUUUAAAAAAGCUGACUUGUAAGAAUCUCUUGAACCUGAGUUACUCAUUUUAAAUGUGAUAUAUAUAUUUUUUUGCUACUAUUUACUAUCUACUUUUGUAUACAAGUAAU